GGGAGAAGGAGGGAAGCGUCUUGGGAAAGGGGGAGGAUGAUGAGGAGGAGGAGGGAUGAGGGGGGGCAUCAUCUACAAACCUUUUCCCCUCCCCACAUGAUGAGAAGCGCGCCGCACUCCGCCGUGCGUUUGUUUUCCCUCUCAGCCACAAAGUGCCCACAGUACCGAUCCGUUCCGAGCCAAACCAAGCCAAGCGGAGCCACGGCGUGCGUCUGAGCCCCCACACGCACACUCCCCCACCCCCCGCCUCUACCACCUCCGCCGCCGCCGCCACCACCAACACCACCCUCGCCUCGCCGUCUCCGAUCGCAGCGCUUUGGCAAUGGAGCCGUGAGCGACCUCAGUGUGCUUCAGCGAGCCGAGCGUGUGAGACCGAGCGGCUAUGGAGGAGAAGCGCGGCGAGGCUGGAGUCUAGACUGCACGCAGACCAACAGACCCGCUUGUCCGGAUUACCUUUUUUUGCCACAUUCUGUGAACUCUUCUAACUAUUAGAGCAGGGAUUUUGUUUCUUCUAGUCAGACCAUCUUAGGCUAUCUUUGCACGGCGAGGAUGCAGGGGAAGGAGGCGAGCUUUUGCACGGGAUGCUGGAGACUUACGCUGCUGUCGUGCGUCCUGGCUCUGCACUUGAUCCCGCUGCGUGUCCACGGAAACGUAGUCGGGACCAAUGCCACUGAGCCGGACAGCACGGCCAAUGUUACCUUCCUGCUUAAUGAGGAGGAAGGGCCGGUCAAGGUCAACAAGAUCAGCAUCUCAGCAAGUCCCGAUACUAUCAGCGCUGUGACCCCGAGGGCGGGCCGGAUCCCCCGCGCCGGCGAGGAGGAGGACGAGCAGAGCAGCGGCAUGUUCGGUGAAACGGUGGUUCCUGCAGUGGAGGAAGUGGGCGUGGCAGCCCCGCCCCAGCUUAGCCCUGAUUCAGCUGAGACAGAGCACCUGCUGCCGAGCAACAGACGCGAGCCGGAAGUCAUGGAGGGCGAGGAGGAAGAGGAUGAGGAGGAGCGUCUGCCACACACUGACCCGCCUUGGAUUCACUCCAAGGACACAGCUGUGUUUGACCUGGAUCACCUUUUCACCACCACUGCACCACCUGUGGCCACCACCAAUCCUUCUAACCCUGACGUCCUCCACGUGGACUUCUUUGACCCUUCAUCUCGUGGCCGUAGCCUCGACCUGGUCCCACCUUCUCCUUCAUCACUGGCCCACGAGCUGCAGGGCGGUGACCCGACCUCUUGGGCAAUGCCGGACAACUACGACUACCUCACACCCUAUGAGGAUGGCGUGUCCCCCACUGCCGAUGAGUACACCUACAGCACCACGACUGACGCCUACGAAAGCGACGAAGACCUCCGGAUCUCUGCUGGGUCUCCGGCUCGCUCUAGGCCAAGGGUACCAGGGUCUGGCUCUUUCAUCCCAGGGGCAGCAUUUCCUGGUGUGGGAGCUCCGGUACCAAACAUCCCCGUGGCAGCUCCCCCAGCGGCCUCACCCGUGGACGGGUCAGACGGGAUGGGUGGAUGCCGUGUGGGCUACCAGAUGGUGAACGGAAGUUGCCGCUCGCCCUGCGACAUGCUCCCCAACUACUGCUUCAACGGGGGGCAGUGUUACCUGCUGGAGGGCAUGGGAGUCUUCUGCAGAUGUAACGUGCAGGAUUACAUCUGGCACAAGGGUGCUCGCUGCGAGUCGGUGGUGACUGAGUUCCAGGUGAUGUGUCUGGCCGUGGGCGCUUCGGCUCUGGUCGUCCUGCUGCUCUUCAUGAUCAUCGUGUGCUUCGCCAAGAAGCUCCACGUGCUCAAGACGGAGAAUAAGAAGCUGCGCAAGCGCAGCAGUAAGUACCGGCCAACCUCGGAGCAGCACAAUGAUAAUUUCUCGCUGUCCACCAUCGCUGAGGGCUCCCACCCAAAUGUAAGGAAACUGUGCGACACCCCUCCUAACGUCCCUCAUGCCCGUGCAUUGGCUUACUAUGAUAACAUUAUCUGUCAGGAUGAUCCUAAUUCCCAGAACAAGCUGGAGGACCCGGUGAAGGCCCCGACCAAGGAGGACGACUCCCUCAACAUCCACAACUCUCUGACCCCCAAACACGAGAACCACAAGGUCCUGGGCGAGGAGAACUCCUCGGAGGUAAACUCACUGCAGAACAACAUGAUGUGAAAAUGUAAAAACAAAGCAAAACAACCCCAGCAACCUGACAACACGACACCGAUAACGACAAGGUGCGCCGGCAACGGGAGCCCCCUGAUCCCUCCCUGCUCUCCGUCUGUCCGUCCGCUGCCGAGUGCGCCUAACCGGUCAACCAACCAACCAGCCUGCCAACAUACCAGCAGACCGACCUGCAACCGCCUCCGACACGGCAACACUGCCACCGAGCGGCCCAAGCCGCUGCAAAAAUACGUACACCACCACCACCGUCGCCGCCACCACCGCCCCAGCUGAGAGUAACCCCUCCCACCAUCAGCCUCACCCUGCCGCCGCCUUGCAACCCCCCCUUACAUCCACUCACGCCCCUGUUUCGCAGCCCCGCCCCCCUUGUUACUGUCACUUUACUGUCCCUUAUCUCUCUUACCUACACACACACACACACACACACACACACACACACAUACAAUGAAAAGAUGAAAACAUGAACACACUUAUAUGUAUACACACACGUUCCCCUGCCUGCAUUGGUGUAUUUUGUAAAAAGAAAGAAAUCAUACAGAAGUUUAAAACGUACGUAAAACGUCAUUGUAAAAAAAAAAGAAAAAGUAAGAUUAAGCUAUUGAGAGGUUUUGAUGUUUGUCUGACUAAUCCAGUGAGUAUGUAUAAAUAUUGGGGAAAAAAAUUGCUUGGAUUGAUUUAAAAAGAAGCAACACAAUGUGUCUUGGUUUUCAUUGAUGUGAUUUCUAAUCCUUUGAUGUACUUGUUUUUUUGUUUUAUUUUGUACUUUUUUGGGACUUCGAACAGAGAAUAAACAAACAAGAUUCAGACAGUUGUUGAAAUAAACCUUUUUAACAUGA